AUUGUUGUUCCUGGGAACUGGGAGACACAAAGCUGAACAAAGCAUUAUCUUGAAGAAGAAGAAGAAGAAGAAGAAGAAAAAAAAUCACUUCUGAGCCCCUUCCAUCCCUGACCGCACUUCCCAGUUUCGCCCCAGCCCGAUUAAGGGAAGGCAAGGAGUCCUCAAGGAAUGGAAUUUUAUCUUAACCAUCUUUCUUAUUGAUUAUUCUGCUAUUAGAAAGUGGAGGAAUCGGGCCCUUUGAUGUGAUUGUUUUUAUCUCUGCAUCUCUUUUGUUAUUUAUAGAGCCCUGGGUGUGGGGAAGCGCGAGGUUUCAACACUUCGACUUAUAAAGAUCAACAACGAAUUUUCCUGAAAUGUUUAAGAAUAAUUAAAAGCAAACAAACAAACAAACGAGCGUUUUCAAUCCAUCCACUAAGUGAACAACCAUACACCCGCUAAGACACCGCAGCUCGCCGUGGUGGUCGGGGAGAUGACAGCUGCUUUUUCGUCUGCGAAUGUAAUAAAUAUUGGCUGCUUUUAAUAUUUGCCAGGAUCUCUCCUCCUUGUUUCCUGGAAUUUUAACUUUAAAAGAUUGACGAAAAGAUUAUUGACAGGGCUCUUGCAAGCCUCCAAAAUGAUGCUGAGUCCGGACCAAGCCGCCGACUCAGAUCACCCCAGCUCGACGCACUCGGACCCGGAGUCUCUGGGCGGCGCAGACACCAAGGUUCUGGGCAGCGUUUCGGACCUGGAGCCGGUGGAGGAGGCGGACGGCGACGGCAAGGGCGGCAGCCGGGCCGCGCUCUACCCACACCCGCAGCAGCUGAGCCGCGAGGAAAAGCGCCGCCGCCGGCGCGCCACGGCCAAGUACCGCUCGGCCCACGCCACCCGCGAGCGCAUCCGAGUGGAGGCCUUCAACCUGGCCUUCGCCGAGCUCCGCAAACUGCUACCCACGCUGCCCCCGGACAAGAAGCUCUCCAAGAUCGAGAUCCUGCGUUUGGCCAUCUGCUACAUCUCCUAUCUCAACCACGUCCUGGACGUGUAGGGAGGGGGACGCCGAGGGAGGCCGCCGGUCCGGGAGACUGCCAAAGGAGACUCAUCCGGACUGCCAGGCUAGAGGUUUGCCCAGAGACACCUGAACGCAGGAGAAAGCUUUGCAGCCUGUUCUUUCUAGUCAUCAAGGCAACAGAAGAUUUCCCAGCCUGGGAGGUGGGGCUGGGUAGAAAGGCUUGCAAGAGUAUUUUCCUGGCCAGAAAAUCCUUCUGGAGGCACCUAGAAUGAGAUGCCCUGGGGCCUCCCCUGGUGUGUUAGGAUCCCCCGAGGAGGAGGAGGUGGUUGGUUGAAGCUACUGGAGGCUUUUCCUUCCCCUGUAUUUAUAUCCUACACACCUUCACGUUCUGAAAGAAUGAGGGCAGCUUAGCCCAGGCUGAUGGUUUCAAACUAUGACUAUCUGGGAUUUUUCUAACUGACAAAUCACCAAACCUUGGGGAGAAACAAAAAGAUGAAAAUCUUUUCCAUACAGAGAUUAAGACACAGAAGGGCGUACCGGCAAACUUUUUGUUACCAUGGCAAAUGAAAAAUUACAUUCUAAUCUAAAUAAAAUCCUGAAUAUUUAGUGAGGUUUAAAAAAAACACAUUCAGAACAGACAGACACACACUGUGGCAGAACCUGAGCUUGGUGAGACUUUAACCCCAAGAUAGGACAAUAAAGUAGAUAGAAAAAUCCAUAUUUAAAUGGAAAAUGUAACAUCUGAUUGCUUUUUCGGGCAAAGUGCCCCUUUAAAUAUCCAAAAACACCCCGUCUAUUUGUGACCUUAACAUGUGGACUCAUAGACGCAGUUAGAAAAAGACAACCUAUUUUUAUUUAUGUUAGAAGGAGUAGAGUAUUUUUUUCAAGACAUUUAUUUUUCAGAGUGGUGAUAAUUUUACUUUGGAUACUCUGUGCCAAUUUAUUUAUAGUCAAGUGUUUACACUUCCCCGCCCCCGUAAAAUCAUUGCCGUCUAACUCUUUAUGUGUUUGUUGAGAUUAUCUUGUGGUCUUGCCUUUUUUUUUUCCUGAUUAUAUUGCACUUGUACAAGAGAGUCCCUGCUUCCCCCUGUUUCUAAGCAUAUUUUAUAUAUCAAGAAGUCGGUUCUUUGGUUGUGAGAUCAGCAACACUAGCCCUUCACUGUUAUAGUUUUAUAAAAAGUUAAGUGUUGUUAUUCUUACCAGUAGUUUUGUCUGAAAAGUACUUUACAAACUGUUUUUAAGGAGAGUAGCUUCUUUGUGUGUGUGUGCGUGACAUUUGUGCGUGGGAUGAUUUUAGGAAAUUACAUUAUUUUCCUAAAGAAGAAACGAAAAAAGAAUUCAGAACUACUUUCCUCUGUGACAACCAAAAAGAAAAGUCUAUGACCUAGAAAUGUUUCAUGUUCUCAGCUGUGAAACUCUUAAGUAAGAGGUGUAUUUUAGAGACAAGGAAGAAAGAAGAAGAAGAAAAAACACAUCUGCUAUCCAAAGAUUUUAGUCUUUUUCAGGGUUUUUUUGUGUCUCUGUUGCUUUAUAUAAUGCAAUAUUUUGUAGUGAAAAUAGAUAUAACCUGGUUUCUACCUGACGAGUUUUUCAUAUCUCAUGACUGGUGCGCUGUUUUGCAUAUAAAUAAAGGUAUCAGAUUAAA